UCGGGGUCACCCCCAACCUCCAGCCCGGGCCAGCAACUGCCAUGGCCGCCCAAGCCGCCCUCGUCGCCGCCCCUCCCCGCGCGCCUCCCGGUUCCCGCGCACGUGCGGGCGCGGUCCACCCCACGUCCUCUCCUUCCUCCACUUUAUCCCCCAUUUUCCCCCAAAAAUCGGCGCCGUUCGAGCCCCACUCGCCCACGUCGCCGGAGCUCCAUCCGCCGGCCGUUGCCGCCCGUCCGGCCACGAUUUCUCCUCCCCGAGCCUAUAAAAAUGAUCCCCGUGCCACCCUCCCCCUUUUCCCCAAUUUUCCCGAACCCGCUGCACUCCCUACCGCUCUCCCCACGUUGCUCCCGCGCUCCGCCGCUUUCCGGCAAGCUCCGGCUGCACGCCGCCGUAGCUGUAGCCGCCGCCGCGCCGCGCCGCUUGCACCGUCAGCUCCGCUGCGUCGUGCCGCACCCCGGCAUCCACCCCGUUCUCUCCUUCCACCCCCGCAGCACCAUUCCCACCGCGAGGCCGAGCUUCCACCGCCGUUCGCCGCCCCAGCCGCCCGCUACUGCCGCCCUAGGGGCCGCAGCGCCGCGCCGUUUGUGUCGUCGGCAUCGCGGUGCCGAGCUCUACCCCGGCCUCCACUCCGUUUGCCCUCUCCAACUCCGAAACGCCGCCGCCACGUGCGUCAUCCCUCUUCACCACCUCUCUCCGCCGCCGCCGCCGACUCCAGCCGCGUCGCGCCGCCGCUUCGGUUGACGUCGACUCGCGCCGUUGCCUCCCUCAGCUCCGCAAGGACGAGGAGGACCUCGGCCGCCGCCCCUCUUCGCCGGAAAUCUGCCGGAGCUCCUCCUUCCUCGGUCGCCGGUCAAGGGCGACCCCGUCCGCCCUCCGUCCUCGCAAGCCGCCAUUGGGCAAUCGUCGUCGCCGUCCUCUUCCUCCGCGUCGGCCGCCGCUUCCGCGUGUAGUUUCCGUCGUUUCGGAAGUCCGCGGUCGCGAGGAAAAGAGUUCGGAAGAUUGUUUG